UGUGUGUGUGUGUCGAAGAAGGCAGCAUCAUCGACGAGCAGAACCGCUGCAAGAAGCGAACAAACCGGUGAUAUCGAACGAAGCAAAAUGAGUCAGUACCACACGCAGGGGUUCCCGCCUCCACUGCCUACGAACCUACAGAUCGAGCAGGCCUGCGACUCGUGCCGCAAACGCAAACUGAAGUGCUCCAAGGAGCUGCCGCGGUGCUCGAAGUGCAUCACGCACAAGUGGAACUGCAUCUACUCGCCCAAGACGGUGCGAUCUCCGUUGACACGGUCCCACUUGACGAACGUCGAGGCCCGGGUCCGGCUGUUGGAGCAGGUUGUUUCCAGACUGGCGCCAACGAAGUCGCUCGAGGAGCUGCUUGCCUCUGUCGGGGGCGGCGGCGGAUCGCACAGCGGCGGCAGUAGCGUGUACGGUGACGCAGACGCAGACGGAGACGGUUCCGGCUUCGUCGACAACGGCGACAGGAUGGUGGCGCACCACCACCCCCACCGUUUGGAGGCCGACGGCGAGUCCGGCAUGGAAAACUCCCUCAGAUCACAGCCGAAGCUUCCAGAGCGGUACCUCACAGACAACUCGGACAAGUCUGUCUUCGAGUGGUCCGAGUUCGACAAUGCGACCACCGAAGACGCAUCUGGCAACCACGCCGACCAGAACAACUCGAGCGGCAACAUUACUACGACGAACACUAAUAAUAUCAACAGCAACAGCGUGGUCUCGCCGUUCUCGUCGCCGAAAUCCUCGUUCUCCAAAUCGGACUCGGCGGUCUCCUUGAACAACCUCGGCACCCCGCCCACGUCGUUGCAACAGUCCAACAUCCAGUACAACUCGUCGUUCACGUCAUUGGACGGCAUGGGCGCCAAUCCGGCCUCUAAGUCCGGUUUCCUGGGCGCGGGAUCAAGUACAACCUUCCUCCGAAUCAUGAAGGCCAACGAGCUAAACGUCACGAAAAAAGAGCAUCCUUCUCCUCCCCGUCCUGCCUCAUCCGCUUCGGCAGCACACUCUCUGCCUCCGCCAACUUCCACUAGCCAGAGCAGCUCCAAGACAAACUUGGCCGAUGCAGAACAUCUUGAGUUCCAAAGCCAGAACAACAAUAGCUCUGCAUCGAGGAUUACGAACAGCAUCAAGCACCUGGAUUUAUCGGACAAGAAGCUCCAGCUCCGCUACGUCGAAAUAUAUUUCAAAACAUACCAUAUGUCAUACCCGCUGUUAAGCAAAAAGUAUUUUCUGAACCAUGUCGAGCUGAAUCAUCCAAAGGAGCAUUCGUCUUGGUGGUGUCUCUACUACACGGUGGUCGCCUUAGGCUGCUGGUGUGUUCAGGGAGACUCGACAAACCAUGAUUUGCAGUACUACAAAAUUGCCAAGUCGCAUCUCUCCCAAGUCUUUGAAUCCGGUAACGUCGACUACGUCAUCUCUCUCAUACUGUUGAGCAACUACGCCCAGAAGAGGAACAAGCCAAACACAGGUUGGAACUACCUCGGGCUGGCUGUCAGCAUGGCGGUCUCGUUGGGUUUGUACAAGGAGAUCGAAUCAAAAGAUUUAGAAAAGAGAAAUAUCCAAGAUUUGAAAGCUUUUAUCUUUGACCAGGAAUCUAAGCGCAGAAUAUGGUGGUGUCUUUAUAUGUUCGAUGCUGGAGCCGCAAUCACCUUUGGGCGUCCCUCUCAUAUUCCUGUUCCUGACAUGGUUGACGUUAGGCUACCAGCUAAUAUAGGCGAUGAAAAGUUGGAUGAGUUGCUAAACGAUGCAAACUUUUUGUCUCAAUACACACUCAGAAAAUCACCAACUCUACCAUCGAGCGAGUCCCCAACAAUCUACUCUGCAAUGAUUGAGCAAUCGAAACUGAGUAUCCUCUCGGAUCCAUUUUAUGCCAGGAUCAUCUCCAAGAAUCGCCCCUCCUUAGCCGAAUGCCAUUCCAUGCAUUUGAAGUUGCAAGAGUUCAAUGAAAAUUUACCCGAUUAUUUCAGCAAAAAUAUGGACUAUAUUAAAAAGAGAUAUUUUAAUAAUGAUGCAUCUAUGAUACCUGAUUGGUUUACUUUAUCAAGAUCGAGAUUGAUCUGGAGAAUAGCCAAUCUUCAAAUUUUGAUUUUCCGUCCUUAUAUAUGGCAGAAGAUUGUUCUCAUAUCAACCGGGAAGUCAUCGAACGUCCCAAAAGAAGCUGCACUCUCAGAAGACUCUAAAAACGCAAGAAGAGUUUGCUUGAACGCUGCUUCUAAAACUAUCCAAAAUAUAAUGGAGUACUUAAACAGCACUUCAGGCAAACUUACUCCCUUGUCUUGUUGGUAUACCAUAUAUUUCCUUUUCCAGGCCAUCUUGAUCCCCUUGGCAUGUCAAUGUUCAAAUCCGGCCUCAAAACAUAAUUACGAAUGGUGGUCUGAUAUUAUCAAGGGUAAAAGAGCUUUGGCAAUGUUAAGCACAUCCAAUUCAACUUGUAUUAAUUUGAUCCAUUUGAUAGACGCCAUUUUGAAACGCCAUAAUGCUGUAUUAAAGCUUAACAAUUUUGAAUUGAGUGAUUUAAUCUCAUCUGCUGCUAACGAUCCAGGAAAUACGGGAGCAGAUUCUAUCAUUGGUGACAAACGCCGCUCUAGUAUAAACUGUGCAAAAAGUUACUCUUCGCCUGAUUUGGUAGUCGACUUUGGAUUGGCGAAACGAAAACAAUACUCGUCGUUAUUCCCACCUCGUGUGUCCUCAGCCCUUCAGUCUGCUGCAUCUACUUCGAUGAAUGUAGCAUCUGAAAAAUUAAUGGCAAAUAAGUCCAUGGAAGACCUAAAGGACUUGAAAUCUGCAAUCCAAGGAAAUACUAAUAAUCAUAAUGGAAGUUUUUCAAACGGAUUCAAGAGCAACGGGAAUAUGGAUACAGUCACCCCAUUUUUAUUAUUGAACUCUAAACAGGAGAACAUAGUCUCUACAAAAUCCGGUUUUUCACCCUCUGCAAGUGAAGUGUUUUCAUCUUCUAUUGGCAACUCCGGGGUUAAUUCAAGCUCAAGUUCAAACUCUAACUCGCGUGAUUCUUUGACACAUGCGGCAUCCUCAGUUUCCUCUUCUUCGUCAGAGAAGCUUGCAAGCGCUGUCCAGCACAGUCUUAAAUCUACUCUCAAAUCUUCAGAUGAGAACUUAGCCAAUGGUGUUGUCUAUGAUGAAAUGGACCAGAUUGCAGAUGUCCUUCCAUCAUUAUCACCAAUAAAAGAAUCGGCAGAUAAUGUCUCCCAAUGGGCAGUUGAGAAUAAAUCUUCCGGCAACUCCAAGUUUGAUUCAGCUUUUGACGGAUUGAAUUUCGUAGCAUCGCCUUCUGUGGAUCUACCAAACAAUGGAUAUGCCGAUAAUUUCAACGGCGGUGUGGGCUCUAUGUUUGGAUCAACUCCUUCACCUUUCCCAAGUGCUACUACUCCUCUUGCCAAAUCUGCAACGAUAAAUACCAACACAGAACCUGAGGAUGUCAAAAUGGAAGAUAAUCCGGAAGCAAUUUUUGACGCAGGAACGCCUUCAACCAAAGAAGUGUUACUUAACGACAUCUAUUCUUUAAUUUUUGAAGAGUUCACUGAUCCUUCGUCUUAUACCUACAAUUUUGGCAGUGGUGGAGAACCUGACAAGUAGUUUUAUAUACUCUCUUAUUUUAUGUUUAGCUCUUCUUCGCUUUUUAUUAUUUUUUGCUUUCCUUUGUUUAACUAAUUUACACAUUGUUUUCAUGAA